AUGUACAUAGCAAUUAAUAACGCAUUAUCCGCUGUAUCGUAUUCUGCUAAUGCUAUUGGUACGCUGGUAAUUGGUAUUCCUUGGGCUGGUAAGGCUUGUAAAAUUUAUGGGUUUUUUGACACAUUCAUUAUUUCAAUGAGUGUUACUUUGAUUGCUGUGGUUGCUGUAAAAACAUAUUUAAAGGUGAUAAGGAGCCUUUAUUUAGACACUGGUAGAUACGAUUACAAAAUAUAUUUAAUAACAAUAAUUACUGCAUUGAUAAUUUCUUGUAUUGGUUUACCCUCUUAUGGACCAUCAAAAUAUUGGUGUCGGACUUCGCCUGGUGAAUGGUCACUAGCAAUAUUACUAUCAUUGCUAAUCUCAUUUACAGCAAUACUAUGCCUAUUUUGUUAUUCAAGAAUAAUUUACAUGAUAUUCACAAUCAAGCGACCAGAUAGUAGUGUCAAUGGAGGAAGAAGGGGAAUCAACAACGAGCAACAAAAGACAGCAACAUGUAAAAUCCUAAUUUACACUUUCAAUUAUUUGAUCCAAUGGACGCCAACUUUACCAUUUAUACUUGGGGUUGCAAAUAGCGAUGAUCCGAUUUGGGUUUAUUAUUUAUAUGUCUUGUCAACUAAUAUUGGCAGUGUAUCAAAUGCUAUUCAAUAUAUUUUUAAUGAGAAAUAUUAUAUUAUAGCUGAUGGUGAUAGUAGUAAUAGAGGAUGUGAUAUAGCCGAUGUAGGUGGUGAUGAUGAUAUGAAUAGUGCUAAUAGCGGAAAUAAUGUUAAUAGUGGCAAUAAUAAUAUUGAAAAUGGCAAAAGUGUAGUAGAUGAAAGUGUAGGUGGUAGGGAAGGUGGAAUUAAAAGAUCUAUUUCUAAUUCAUCAUCAAUUCAAAUUGAAAUUUUAGAAUUGGAAAAGGCCGUUGUUGAUGAUGGUGGUGGUGAAUGCUCUUCUAAGAAAUAUCCCGCCAAAUAA